AUGGCAUGCACUGCUUGCUUGGAAGACUACUUAGCCACAGAUGAUAUGCUUGUAGACUACUUUAAUGAAUUUUUGAGUCUUCCGACUUUUGCCCAGCCAGUUAAGUUUAAUUCUGAUUUUGGGGUUUUUGAAGUAGUUAAUGAUGCCCCACAACGCCUGGAAAGCCAACUGAAAAAAAUUCUGCACGAUCAGAAACCUCCAAACCCCAUUUAUGAUGUUAUAAGGAAAGCAAAGAAUGAUGGGCAGCUUUCCAAAAAGAGCAGCGCUUCUCCAGCCUUCGGUAUUGAUCCAAGCUACAACACUAUGCGCCUUCAUCGAGAACAAGCAAUUCAGUGGAUUAAGAAAGAAAGACUUCCAGCAUUUCUAGAAAGUGAUUGUUACUUUGAAUACAGGCUAGCUAAAUUGAUAUCACAGGUAGAAUGGAGCAAGACUGGCAUUAAUUUCAUUAUAGACAGAGAUUACUAUCCCUGGAUAAUGAAGAGAGACCCAAGUCCUCCUUUCCCUGAGGAGGAUGCCACUUCGUCCACUAUGAAGAAGUUCUAUGUGUCACUUGGCCAGGCUACGCUUUCUCAGACAGAGGAUUGGUUUACUCUAGUAAAACAAAGUGAAUCCAUGAAAACUGCAGAUUCAUUUACUCAUCCUUUAGCUUCUCGUCAAAUUCAAGAUGUUCAGUGUUUGGCUGGGCAGCAUGAAACAGAUGAUUUAUUAAGUGAAACACCUGGGCUCUUAGAAGCAGGUUCCUUGUCUGAGGAACAUCAGCAGUGGAGUUGCGUUUCCCCUUCAAGGAAAGCAUCAGCAAAAGCCAGGAAGAGAUCCAGAAAGGCUGAGGAGGGUUCUUCUGUGGCCGUUGCUGAACCUCCUUUCCACACGCAGCUAAGGGUUUAUCUAGACCAGAAAUGGGAGAGCACAGCAAAAGGAGAAAAUGGACAGGAAAACGCAACUUUUCAAACCCUGGAAGAAUUCACAUCAGCUUAUGUUCAAUUUAUACUGAAGGAAGCCAUUUCAAACUUGACUGGCCAGCCAGCUGCCAAGAGUGAGAGUGAUGUGGAUGUCUUGGACUUCAAGGCAGAUGUACCUGAACGUGAUACUGAAGAAGUGAGCUUACAAUCGAGUUCUGAAAGUGAAGGGGCAGAUAGCAGGGCUGCCUGGUGUAUUAGUCACAGAACUUACGACAUUGGCAACAGAAAUGAGUUUGAAAGAUUCAGGAAGUUCAUUAAAGGAACUCUUGGGGAGAGGUACUGGUGGCUCUGGAUGGAUAUUGAACGACUAAAGGUUCUUAAGGACACUAGAAGGCAGCAAAGGCAGCUUGAUAAGAUGAAAAAACUCUAUCUGCUGAGCGGUGGAGAUUAUUGCCUCAGUUCGGAAGUCUUGCUCAGAUUUGAUCUACUACGUGGAGAUCAGUGGAAUAUAAGGCAUUUAAGACAGAUUCAACCUGAAGUAGUGAAACCUUUACUUCUUUACUGGGGUCCCAGAUUUUGUGUCACUCAUUCAACAGCAAUACAAACUGCCUGUGCAAAACUGAAGCUUUGGCAUACACACCAAGAGAGACCAAGGGUGGACAUUGAUCCUUUUCCACAAAUGGUAUCAUUGUUGCCAUUGAGGCCUAAGUCUUGUAUGCCCAGGAUAUUGCUUUCCCUUCCUCACGUAAGUAGAGGGAAAAGUGCUCCUGGCAGUGCUGUCCUGGGGGGAUCAAGAAUGGAAAGCAUGCUGCAAUCUCUUUAUUUGGAGAACAGAGCAGGCUACUACUUCACACACUUCUGCGAGAAGUCAGGGAAUAAGCUAUGGAAGAACAGUGUGUACUUUUGGUUUGACCUACAGGCUUAUCAUCAGCUUUUCUACCAGGAAACUCUUCAUCCUUUUAAAAUAUGCAAGCAAGCUCAAUUCCUUUAUGCAACUUACAUUGCCCCAUCUGCCAGUAUGGCCAUUGGACUUCAUCAAAAUAAGAAACAAGAGAUUUAUCAGAAGAUUGACCCAGCUUUUGAGGAUCUUUUUGACCCGGCAGAAGAAUACAUUCUCAGUCUUCUGCUAGAACCAUGGAUGAAGAUGGUAGAAGCAGACAAAUGCAGUUAUGAAAAGGUGGAGCUGGUGGAAGAAACUCGACAGCUGGACUCCGUGUACUUUAGAAAGCUCCAGGCUUUGCAUCAAGAGAGUGUUUCCAAGAAGGAUGAGAGUGCCGCUGCUGACAUUGGUCUGCCAACCUGCCUUGAUGUUCUCAAAAAAGAUCAACACUUGUGUCAAGUUCCCCAAGAACUGGCAGGUCCUAAUCUGUGUGACCUGAUCCACAACAAACUGAAGUUAGAACGGUUCCGGGUUUUUCUUGAUAAGCAUUCUGCUGGCAUGGAUCUCAUGUGCUGGCUAGACAUUGAACAGUUCAGAAGGAUGCUCCACAAGGAUAAAGAAAAAAGGGAAGAAAAAUCUAAGGACAUUAAAAACAAGUACCUCAACAAAAAGUACUUCUUUGGACCCAACAGCCCAGCUACCAGAGAACAACAAGAAGAGCUAAUGCGUUCAGGUGGAGGAUGGGGACAAAUCCUUCAUGAUCAGGUUUCUCCAGCGAUUCUGCUAGAAAUUCAGAAAUACGUCCAGAAGAGAUUAGAACAACAAUGGUUGCCAUUGUUCCUGGCAGAUGAACAAGAUGAAGCGGAUGAAAAAGCAAAGAUAAGGGACGUAGUUGAAGAUCUCUUAAUCCAGAAGAAGGAGAAGACAACUAGGAUGUGGAAGCAUGUGGACAAUAAGUGGGUUUCUUCAUCUAGGGAAAUAAUUGCUUUCCGCAAAGCACUCUUGAAUCCAGUAACAGCAAAUCAGUUUCGACGCUUUGUGUCACUGAAAGGAGACCUACUGGAGAAUGGAGUGCUCUUUUGGCAGGAGGUACAGAAGUAUAAGGACCUGUGCCACUCUCAUUGUGAUAACGCCACAAUCCAAAAUAAGAUCACAGCUAUUAUCAACUGCUUUAUUAAUUCCACUGUACCACCAGCUCUGCAAAUUGACAUCCCAGUUGAACAAGCAGAGAAGAUUUUGGAGCACAGGAAGGAACUAGGACCUUACAUUUUUAGAGAGGCACAGAUGACUAUUUUUGCUCUUCUAUUUAAAUUUUGGCCAAAUUUUUGUGAGUUCCGAAGCAAUUUGGCCAGUGACAAAAUUUUACCUGCCUUGAAGAGAAAAAAAGAAAAACAGAUGUAUAAGAAGAAAGGCAAAAUAUCAGAGCGUAAAGGAGAGGGGAAGAAAGCUCUCAGUCUGUCAAGCAGUGUUUUCGGAGAUGAAUUUGGUGUGGAGAGAAGACGAACAUCAUCUCCAUAUGGAUAUGUGCAGCAGGUUUCCUGGUCCUAUUCCAAGUACAUAGAAGCCUUGGAGCAGGAGAGAAUACUCCUUAAAAUGCAAGAAGAUCUGGAGAAAAAUUCAUCGUCACUCCUAACAGGUUAUUAA